AUGCCUCCUAGAAUUGUGGAUAAAUUUGUUGAUGAACAAUGCCUUAAGUUAUUAGCACUUCAUUCAGGUAGUUCAUUAAACUUUGCAAGAUCUUCUGUGAAUGUGAAUUCAACUUUUCCAGUUUCACAAUCAAACUGCCAUGUUAUUGGAAAUGAUAACCUAGCAACUUCUGUUUCUCUCCAUUUGAAGGAUUCUGGUGCUACUUUUAUCAAUACUCAUAUUUUUAUUUUUAUUUUUUUGUCUUUAAAGGAUGGUGCUUAUGUAUAUGCAAAAGCAUCAGCUAAGGGGAAGCGAAUGCAGUGCAAUAUUGGUUCCAAAAAUCAUGCAAUUGUCAUGUCUGAUGCAAGUUUGGAUGCUACUUUGAAUGCCCUAGUUGCUGCUGGGUUUGGUAGUGUAGGACAAAAGUGCAUGGCACUCAACAUAGUCGUUUUUGUUGGAAGCUUAACUCCAUGGGAAGAUAAACUAGUGGAAUGUGCCAAAGCACUCAAAGUAACUGCAGGAACUAAACCAGAUGCAGACCUUGGUCCAGUAAUUAGUAAGCAGGUGAAGGAAAGGAUGUGCAGAUUGAUCCAAGCAGAUUUUGAAAAUGGUGCAAAACUACUGCUUGAUGGUAGAAACAUAUUGGUGGCUUCAAAAUCAGGUAAAUGCUGCCAUUUGAUGAUGACCUCUUUAGACCCAUCUGACAGAGUAUGCACAGGAGAACAGUGUCUGGUUGGACCAUUAAUUCCAUAUCCUCAGAGAGUGAGUCUGGAAGGGGUUGGAUGGGUACCGAUUGAUGUAAGCUCCUCUUGA